AUGGCCAUGCCUUAUCCGUCAGACUUCUCUGCACCUACAGAAUCUCUAUCCUGGACUGCACCGCCCGAAAAACAGGAAAGUUACGACUUGCUCUCGUUCUCUCUCCCUAUCUUCCACAUCGAAUGCCACCGUACGUCGUUGAAGAUUUCUGCUCAGCUGCAGGGAAUGUUUUGGCUUACCGAGUCACCACGGGCCAAUUCCACCAACGAGAUACUACCUGUACACGCUGCGGAGCUUACCUGCUACCGUCGAAAUUUGUUUCAAAUCACCGGAUCCGUGACAUUACCUCGAAUUAUGUAUACCAAAACGGAACAGGGAGACCGCAUUCCCAUCGUCAAGCGAGAAUUGACCGUGUCUGCUACUGAGUCUGUUGAGGGAAAACCUGUUAAGAUUAUUUACGUGGCACCAGCAGCUACCUUAGCGGACGACCGUGCUGUGGCUCCUACACCUAAAGAGAAAGCUGAAAAUGAGCCUCCAUCAAUACUUUUGGAUACCAUGGCUGGACACGACAUGGACUCAUAUUAUACAACCUUUCCCGUCGACUGGAAGCGCCUUCAAUUCCGGAGAGCUACCGCCAAUAAUGGCUGCCGCAAGGAGCUUCAGCAGUAUUUUAUUGUUCAUCUCACGUUUGUCGUAACACUUGCAACGGGGACCGAGAUUACGAUCUGUGAGGCACGCUCAGGACGAAUCAUUGUCCGUGGCCGUGGCCCGGGUAAAUUUAAGUCUGACAGAGGCUUCCUGCUCAAUGGCCGAAUAAGCUCAGGGCAGAAUAAGCGGAAAAAGGCAAAUCGACAUAGAAGCUAG